AGGCACGGCUGGUGAAUUAUUAUUCCCUCUGCUCACAGAAUAGAUAACCAAGGAAACUCUGGGAGACCUUUGUAGAACAAGUUUGGGUUCUAUCACAUAGGUGGCCUGUUAUACUGUCUCCUUGCAGCAAGCACCUACAUUCUCUUCUGCCACAGGUAUCCUCACUCGCUGCCUCUGACUUUCCACUUACACCUGGUGCCAGCCAUGGAGGAGUCGAUUUAUGAAAGCACAUUACCCAAAGAAUGGAUUAGUGAGGCUAUCUGCUCCGGUCCUAGCAGUCCAGAUAGUAUGGACAUAAGUCCAGAAACGCCGCGAAGCGGAACAUCAACAACACCAUCCUCUCAACUUGGGGCAGAAGAAGAAGAUGGAGUGAAGGAAAACGGUUUGAACACAAGACCACCACUACCUCUUGGCCAAAUGCAGUUAAAUGAUGACUUACCGUCCCCUGUCUAUUCUAACACUCCAACAUCUCCCAACACACUAAAAUCUCCAUUCAGCAACUAUUCCAGCCAAUCUUCCAACCCUCCAUCUCCCCGUGAGUACAUACCUCCCCAGGGGAUCCACACUCGCCUGCUAGACCCUUCUGGACACCUCAACAAUAACACGCAAUAUGAGGAUCCAGUUGACAAUGGAACAGAAGAACCAGACAUAGCCAUCUAUAUCAAGGCUGGGAGCGAUGGAGAGAGCAUAGGCAACUGCCCCUUCUCCCAACGCCUGUUUAUGAUCCUCUGGCUGAAAGGAGUUGUCUUCAAUGUUACCACAGUAGACCUGAAAAGGAAACCGGCCGACCUCCAUAACUUGGCACCCGGGACUCACCCACCUUUCCUGACCUUCAACGGGGAAGUAAAGACAGAUGUGAACAAGAUAGAAGAAUUUCUGGAGGAAUCAUUGGCACCACCAAGGUACCCCAAACUGGCUGCAAAACACCGUGAGUCCAACGCUGCCGGGAUCAACAUCUUUUCCAAAUUCUCAGCGUACAUUAAAAACACAAAGCAGGAGGAUAAUGCCGCCUUAGAGAAGGGUCUGACAAAAGCCCUGAAGAAACUCGAUGACUAUCUGAACACACCGUUGCCUGAAGAGAUCGAUGCCAACAGCCGGGAGGAAGAGAAAGUUUCGAAGAGGAAGUUUUUAGAUGGGGAUGAGUUUACCCUGGCUGACUGUAACCUACUGCCCAAGCUCCAUGUUGUGAAGAUCGUCGCAAAGAAAUACCGUAACUACGAUAUCCCUGCGGAUAUGAGCGGCAUCUGGCGGUACCUGAAGAGCGCUUACGCCAGGGAUGAGUUUACCAAUACGUGCGCCGCAGAUAAAGAGACAGAGCUUGCCUACGCCGACGUGGCCAAGAGGCUCUCAAAGUAAUUUCUCUGCCCAAGUGAAAUUACCCAGCACUUAAGUGUUCUCAUACCCACGGACUGAUCUUCUUGUUGCCUUAGGAUCCAUCUACACAUCAUACCAGUGUAGGUUUAACAAUUCUGCCUCUGGAUAGGCCGGCUUUGUGUUUGACUUUAAACUACGUUGCUGCCAACUGCACUGGACAUGAUUCCUUGCCCUCGAGAGGCACCGAACUCAAGAAAGGGAAAGCGAUCAUGACACCAAAUCAAAUCUUAAGGCAACAUGCGCUAUCUAUAAAGUAUUUUUAUAAUGGAAGCUGAUUCCUUUAUCAAACGUAUUAUUUCACAGGGAAUGUAUAUUCUUAGUGAUUCUAUAAAGCUUAAUAAUAAUAUUAACAAUAAGGAGAAUACAUUCUUCUAAUAUUAGAGUUAUUCAUCGUAGAGCAGCUUCUUCUAGUGGUGGUUAAUGUGCUACCAGGAUGCAGAGACUGGUUUGGAUUUACCCCAUGGCAGCCUUGGCGUAAAACGAAAAUGGACAAUGAAGACAGAUGGAAAUAUUAUGGAAAGAUGGAACUAAAGAAAGAAACAUUGAGUGCUGAGGUGAGAAGGUGAUACCGGAAAUCUGGAAAAGAGAGGUUGAAGGAGCUUAGGGCACUCCUCAAGGCUUCCAUGAUACCCUUUUAGGCUCGUGGCAUGUGCUAUGUAUGUGACACCACUCGACAGGAACAUUUAGGCCCCAAUAAAAAUGGUAAAACCUG